AUGGAAAUUGAGGAAUUACCAAAGGAAAAUAAGAAAGUUUCUAGUUUUCAAAAGAAUAUUGGACUUUUGUUUAUGUUUUUGUCCACAUCAUUUUUGGCAUCACUUGGAAUCAUUGCAAAAAUAAUAAAAAUAAGGACAGAAUUGAAAAAUGAAAGCUUUAAGAUCUUGUUUUGGCGUGCUGUAACUGGCUUUUUUUCUAGUUUCUUUCAAAUUCUUGGAAUAUUUCUAAUGCCUCUCUCAAUAGCAUCAGUAAUUUACUUUACAUAACCUAUAUUUGCCGCUUGGUUCGCAGUAAUUUUAUUGAAAGAGAAGCUUACCUUCAUUGGUAUAAUAAGUUUGUUAUCUAGCUCAGUAGGAAUGGUUUUCUUAGUACAACCAAAUUUGAUAUUGGGGGAAAGUUUUUCGAAGAGCAAUUAAUAAAAUGACAAACAGUAUCCAUAUUAUUACUUCGGUGCUCUUUUUUCUGCAUUAGGGGCAAUAUCUUCUGCUCUAGCUUAUAUUACUAUGAGGAAGCUUGCUCCAUUUAAACUUCAUAUGGCUUUUAAUGCUUACUACUUUGGGAUUUAUUCAACACCUAUUUCAUUUUUUUUAAUGGCAGUUUUCGAUUAAAAUAUUGCUGAUUCUAUGACUCUCGAAGGAUUGAUACUUUUGACAAUUAUGGGAAUAUCUGGAUAUUUAGCGUAGACUUUAUUGGGAUUAGCUUUGCAAAAUCAGCCUGUGGGCAGGGCAUCUGUUAUGAAUUAUCUCUAGGUAGUUUUUGCUUUUGUAGUAGAUAUUUUAGCUUUUGAUUCUCAUAUUGUUUGGACUGACAUUGUAGGUUCCGUAUUAAUCAUAGGGUUUACUUUGGCAAAUAGUAUUAUCAAAUGUUUGUGA